UUUUAAUGUUAUGUAUAAUCAAGACUCCUAUUCCUAUCAAAACUUACUCUUCUUCUCAGCUGUUUCUCUUAUUCUGCCGUCUCUAUCUCACCCCUAGAAACCAACAUGAAGCACAUGAAUGGAGAUCUAAUAAAAAUCAGCGACAUUUUCUCAUUCUUCAUGAAAAGUUUCGUAGCCCUGUGCAUCAUUGUUUCGGUUUCCCUUGUAUCUUACUCCGCGUUCUGGAAUCAUUCUCAGUGGCAUCUCUGCCCUGAUUGCCAAGAACAAAAUUUUAUUGCAACGGUAACGAAAUUUACACAAGGCCCCGUUUCCAAUGAGACAGACAUUUCCCAUGUAUUGUUUGGCAUUGGAGGCUCCGCGAAAACGUGGAACACAAGGAGGCAUUACUCUGAAGUGUGGUGGAAAAGUAACGUAACACGGGGUUUUGUAUGGUUGGAUGAUGCUCCAGAUAGUACUAUCAAGUGGCCCGAGACCUCGCCGCCCUACAGGAUAUCAGAGGACACCGCGAGAUUUAAAUAUACGAGCUGGUACGGGUCACGAUCAGCUAUACGGAUAGCGAGGAUUGUGAAAGAGAGUUAUGAUUUGAGGUUAGAUGGUGUGAGGUGGUUUGUUCUAGGUGAUGAUGAUACCGUGUUUUUCGUCGAAAAUUUGCUGACAGUGUUGAGGAAAUACGAUCAUAAUCAGAUGUAUUACAUUGGUGGCAACUCGGAGAGUGUGGAACAGGAUUUGAUACAUUCGUAUGAUAUGGCCUAUGGCGGGGCUGGUUUCGCGAUAAGUUAUCCUUUGGCCUCGGAGCUUGUUAGGGUUUUAGACGGAUGUAUUGAUCGGUAUGCUUCGUUCUAUGGAUCUGAUCAGAAAAUUCAGGGCUGUAUUAGUGAAAUUGGAGUGCCUCUUACCAAAGAACUCGGCUUCCAUCAGGUUGAUUUAAGAGGUGAUGCAUAUGGGCUUCUGGCAGCGCAUCCAGUAGCGCCACUGGUGUCACUACACCAUCUCGACUACUUGCAGCCAAUAUUUCCUGGAUUAACGCGAGUGGGAUCGGUGAAGAAACUCGUUCAACCAUACAAUGCCGAUCCUGCUAGAAUCCUGCAGCCUAGUUUCUGCUACGACUUGCAGAAAAAUUGGUCUGUUUCAAUUGCCUGGGGCUACACCGUGCAAUUGUACCCAAAACUCGUAACGUCUAAAGUAAUGGAAACAGCAUUCCGGACCUUUGUAUCAUGGAGGAGCUGGAGUCAUGAGCCCUUCACGUUUAACACUCGGAUCAUGAGCUCUGACCCCUGCCAAGUGCCCGUAAUUUAUUUCAUGGAUCGGGUUGAGGCUAGCAAUGAAACAGGGCAAACCGUAACGCGGUAUGUCCAGGCUCCUAAACAAGGCAAAUUAUGUGAGCGGACAGAAUACACGGGUGCGAUGAAUAUCCAAAAUGUUAAUGUCUCUGCUGACAGAUUAGAACCUGCAAUCUGGAAUAAGGCACCACGUCGUCAGUGUUGCGAGAUUAUAGAGGGGGGAGAAGAAGAUUUACAGGUCAGGGUGAGGGAUUGCCAGCGAUGGGAAUCUGUGACACCACCGUGACUUUGGAGUUGUUUAAUUGUAUGAUGUAAAUGUACGAUCGACAUGAACGAUUUGGGGAAAAAUUUGGGUAUAUGUUGUAUACAUUGAGACAGAUAACAAGUGUAUAUUUUCUUCAUGUUGCAGGCGAUAUCGACCAUGUUUUUUCCUGGCAUUUUUUAUUUGAAUAUGGUUUUUGAUAGUGUUCAAGAACUUGUACACUUAAGAUUUAUGAUCUUGAAACAUCGGAUGAAAUUUAACGAGCCAAA